GUCACGUGCUCCAUGGCAACGGGCGAGGAGCGGCCAUGGCGGCAGGACCGCCCCGGGACCCGGCACCGGCACCGGCCCCGGGAGCAGCAGCAGCAGCAGCAGCAGCAGCAGGACGACGACGAGGACGACGAGGACGAGGACGAGGAGGAGGAGGAGGAGGAGGCGGCCUCGUGCUCGGGGCUGCGAUGGGGCUGGUGCUGGCGCUGCUGACGGGGCCGGUCCUGCCGCCCUCCCCGCCUCCCGCCGCCGCCGCCGCCGCCGCCGAGGAGCCCCCCGGGCCCUGCCGACACCACGUGCCCCCGCGCGCCGAGGUCCUCUACCAGGUUCCCGUGGGAGCCGAGCGCGUCUCCCGGCGGGCGGCCGGCGACCAGCGCAUGAGGAUCCGGGUCGUCUACGACGGGAGCGUCCAACAGUUGCUUUUGGAAAAGAGGCGUCUCGUACAGAACAAGCUGUUCCCCCAGGCCGUCUCCUACCUGGAGGAGACGUUCCAGGUGCGCCGGCCCUCCGGCACCAUCUUACUGAGCAGACAGUGCACCAGCAACGAGUUCCUGAGGAAGAGGGGAGACCCUCACCGCUACUGCCGAGGGGCCUGCGCCCAGCUCACCCGCUGCGGCCCCGUGACGGUGCCCGAGGGGCACCUGCAGCAAUGCCGCUCGUGCAGCGAGGGCGAGUGGCAGUGCGGGCCGUCGGGCCCCCCGGACGGCGAGGGCGUCCGCGACGCCGACUUCGUGCUCUACGUGAGCGCCCGGACCACCGCCCGCUGCCUCCGCCAGACCGUCAUCGCCUACGCCGCCUACUGUCAGCAGGAGGCCCACACCGACAGGCCGGUGGCCGGCUACGCCAACCUGUGCCCCAGCGCCAUCUCCGCCCGGCCGCAGGAGUUCGACGGCCUGCUGUCCACCGUGAAGCACGAGGUCGUCCACGCGUUGGGCUUCUCCGCGGGCCUCUUCGCCUUCUACUACGACGACGCCGGCCAGCCCCUGACGCCCAGAUAUGCCAACGGCCUGCCGCCCUUCAACCACAGCCUCGGCCUGUACCAGUGGAGCGACAGGGUGGCCCGGGCGGCCGAGCGGCUGUGGCACGUCCGUGGCCGGAAGGUCCUGCGUCACCGGGUCACCCUCCUGGUCACCCCCCGCGUCGUCGCGGAGGCCCGGGCCCACUUUGCCUGCCCGAGCCUGGAGGGGCUGGAGCUGGAAAACCAGGGCGGCCCCGGGACGGAGCUCAACCACUGGGAGAAACGCCUGCUGGAGAACGAAGCAAUGACCGGCUCCCACACCCGGAACCGCGUCAUGUCUCGUCUCACGUUGGCGCUGAUGGAGGACACGGGCUGGUACCGGGCCAACUACAGCAUGGCCCAGAGGCUGGACUGGGGCCGCGGGCAAGGUUGCCACUUCGUGACCAAGAGCUGCAAGUUCUGGAUCGACCAGCAGAAACAGAGGGGACUGGCGCCCGGCCCGUUCUGCGACGUCCUGCGCGGCGACCCCCUGCAGCUGACCUGCCGGCAGGACCGGACCGCGGUGGCCGUUUGCAACCUGCAGCGUUUCCUGCGGCCACUGCCGCCCGAGUACCAGUACUUCGACGAGCUGAGCGGCGUCCCGGCGGCGGACCUGGCCUACCACGGGGGCUCGGUGGAAAAUCGCCGACUACUGCCCGUUCGGUGCCAGGAGUUCAGCUGGCACUCCAGCGGAGAGUUCAGCGCAGCUCCGACUGGCAGGCUGCGCGAGGAACCAGCCGAGCCGGCCAAGAACCUGGGAGUGGAGAAGUACGGUCCGCGCUCGGCCUGCGUGCUGCAGGAGAGCCCCUUCAUCAUGGAGCGCUGCGAGCAGAGCCUCAGCUAUCCCGACUGGGGCAGCGGCUGCUACCAGGUGACCUGCUCCCCCCGCGGCUUGGACGUCUGGGUCCGGGACUCGGCCUACCCGUGCAGCCGGGCCGGGCAGGUCCUGCCGGUCAGCACCCGGGCCGACGGCUGGAUCCACGGCGGCAGCCUGCUCUGCCCGCCCUGCCGGGACCUGUGCGACCACUGCCCCCCGGAGCGGGAGCCCCCCACCCUCCCCAACGUCACCCGGACCUCCCCGCUGGAUCUCUGUUCCCGUUCCUCCAGCCUGGUGGCCACCCUCUGGCUUCUGGUGGCCAACCUCCUCCCGCUGCUGGCCGGCUUCCUGCUGUGCGUGUGGCACUAGCGGGCCCGUGAUUCCGACGGCCCCCCUCCGGCAGCCCCUGGCCGACCUCCUCCCUCUGCCGUGCGUGCGGCUCGGCGGGUGGGGGGUGGGUCCAGAUGGCAGCGAGACCACCUCAGCCGGUCUCCGGACAGCCCCCCGGGGCCCAGCGGACCGGAGGCCCUCAGACGCGGCGGGCACCGGCUACUACCCCCGGGCUGCCCUCGGGGAGCCCCGGGAGGGCACGGGCACCGCGCCGGUCUACGCCCGGGGAGCCCCGGAGGUCGGGUCGCGGUGCGGGGCGGUUCCGGCCGGGCUCUCCACCCAGUCAGGUUGGGCUCGGGCCCCCAUCGACCCCCUAGGGCCUGUCGCAGACGUUGGCCGCGGCGAGGGGUCGCCGCCCGGGCUGGGCAGCGCGAGAAGAGGAGCGGCUCGGUGCUCCCGUCCGGUGCUCCUCCUCUCGGAACGCUGCUGCGGUUCCCCUUUCCCGAGGAGAAGAACUUGGCACCGACGGGUCGGUUUCCCCGGCCGCCACUUUCACCCGGGAGUCGGUUCAGCACGGCCUGGAGCCGGGCGCCGGCCGGGCCGGGGCCGGGCUCACCGACUACCUCAGUUUCCCUUUCCUCUCCCCCACCCCCGACCUUCCCGAGCGGUAGGACCAGGAGUGAAGCUCAGGAUCCCGAGACGGGGAAAGCCGACGGACACAAGCCAUUUCCGACCCCGGCCGGCCGCACGAGCCCGGAGGGUCACAGAGGCGAGGGGUUCACCGGGGCCUCGGUGGGCGUCCUCCUCGGGGUCCCCCGUGGCCGGGCCGGGGGGGGGGGGGGCACGAGGGACAGCGCGGCUGGUCCGGGGAGCCCGCCCGGCCCGGCCCGCCGGUUGACGGACGGGACGAGCCUCUCCCACCCGUGUUUACAUCUCGUAGACGAGACUGAGAUUUUUAAGGGCUAAUUUGCUUUAUUUCCGGAGCAGAAGAAGUCGUUUGGUUUUUAACGUGAGAUUCCCGCAGGAGGGACCCAGGGUGACGUACGGUUCAAUAAAAACGGACUCGGCCG